AUGUCACGGACGGUCAGUCAGUCAUGGACGGUCAGUCAGUCAUGGACGGUCAGUCAUGGACGGUCAGUCAUGGACGGUCAGUCAUGUCAUGGACGGUCAGUCAUGGUCGGUUAUGUCAUGGACGGUCAGUCAGUCAUGGACGGUCAGUCAUGGACGGUCAGUCAUGGACGGUCAGUCAUGUCAUGGACGGUCAGUCAGUCAUGGACGGUCAGUCAUGGACGGUCAGUCAUGGACGUCAUGGACGGUCAUGUCAUGGACGGUCAGUCAUGGACGGUCAGUCAUGUCAUGGACGGUCAGUCAGUCAUGGACGGUCAGUCAUGGACGGUCAGUCAUGUCAUGGACGGUCAGUCAGUCAUGGACGUCAUGGACGGUCAUGUCAUGGACGGUCAGUCAUGGACGGUCAGUCAGUCAUGGACGGUCAUGUCAGUCAUGGACGGUCAUGUCAUGGACGGUCAGUCAUGUCAUGGACGGUCAGUCAUGGUCGGUCAUGUCAUGGACGGUCAGUCAUGGACGUCAUGGACGGUCAGUCAUGUCAUGGACGGUCAGUCAGUCAUGGACGGUCAGUCAUGGACGGUCAGUCAUGUCAUGGACGGUCAGUCAGUCAUGGACGGUCAGUCAUGGACGGUCAGUCAUGUCAUGGACGUCAUGGACGGUCAGUCAGUCAUGGACGGUCAUGUCAUGGACGGUCAGUCAUGGACGGUCAGUCAUGGACGGUCAGUCAUGGACGGUCAGUCAGUCAUGGACGGUCAGUCAUGGACGGUCAGUCAUGGACGGUCAGUCAUGGACGGUCAGUCAGUCAUGGACGGUCAUGUCAUGGACGGUCAGUCAUGGACGGUCAGUCAUGGACGGUCAGUCAGUCAUGGACGGUCAGUCAUGGACGGUCAGUCACGGUCAGUCAGUCAUGGACGGUCAGUCAUGGACGUCAUGGACGGGGUCUUGCUUUGA